AUGGCACUGACUGAAGCAAAGAUUGCUGCUGAUGAUGGUGAAGAUGAAUGUGAUCGAUCAAUUGUUAUGAUGAAUAGUACAGCGAUCAUAUUAUCGUCAGUAGACGAAGUAAAGCGCCGUGCAAUCAUGCGAUCUUCACUUGUUGAUAAAAAACUAUUAAAGGAU